GGCACUUUCUUCUUAAACCUCACCAAGAAGGAAAAACUUUCUGACCAUCCAAACAAGUAAGGAUGAGUUAUUACAAUCAGCAGCAGCCUCCUGUCGGCGUUCCUCCUCCUCAAGGUUAUCCACCGGAAGGAUAUCCCAAGGACGCUUAUCCACCACAGGGAUAUCCCCCGCAAGGAUAUCCUCAGCCGGGGUAUCCACAACAAGGUUAUCCUCCGCCAUACGCUCCUCAGUACGGCCAGCCUCCUCCUCAACAGCAAAGCUCCAGCACCGGAUUCUUGGAAGGAUGUUUGGCUGCCCUGUGCUGUUGCUGCCUCCUGGAUGCCUGCUUUUGAUGGGGAGGACCUUUAUGGGUUUCUGUUGCAGUUAGUUAAAGAUUCAAACUUUAAAGUGCUAGCUUGAAUUAUGAAUCAUUAUAGCUUCUCGUUACCUCGCCUGAUUUUCAUUAUCGUUAUCUUAAAUAAUUGAACUUUUUGUUUGCAAACCUAGAAUCAAAGUCUUUGUUAUAUAUAUCCUUGUUCUGUAUCUUUCUUUAUGGAAAUAGAAUGCCCAGCUAAUUUUUAAGAAAUUUAUGAGCUUCGU